GGUGGAUCAAGCUUGCAGCUGGUUUUUCCGGUACUCAAAGUUGCAGUCGUCUCAAAUGAUUACCAAAUAUGGAUCGUGCAACCGUGACUGUCACCUUGAUAAAACGGACUGAGAGAAAGAUUUGGAGACCAACUUGUUCGUCUGCUUCUGAAAUGCCAUUUAGAAUACCUGUCAUUGGAAGACUAGGGUUCACAGAGUACCAGUCACUGGUGCUAGCUCUUAUGUUCUUCUUCUUUGAAGCAUUGAUUCGACUCAUGGUGAUGUUCAUUCCACAAUUCGUGCUCCGCUUUAUCAACCAAGUUAUAUACGCAGCUUUUCCAUGGUCACACCGCAAUCAAAGCAAGCCCCGAGUCAACAAACUAGAAAGAGCCGGUUCGUUCGAAGAUAUGGCUCGAUUCUGGGGCUAUGACUUCGUGGAACAACACUCUGUACAAACUCAGGAUCGAUAUUUGCUUUGUCUGCAUCGACUCCCGUAUGGCAAGCGGGAAAGGGAUCCGAAGAUGAACUCAGGAAAACGUAGAUCCCGAACAAGAAGCGCCAGCAUCGUCGCAAGUACAGCAGUUGUAGAUAAUAUCACCAAUUUCAUUGGAGUUAAAGAACCUGUCUUGCCCAACUUGCAAGACAGCGCAACACCCAACUUCUUCGAUCAUCGAUCUCGAGAUGUAUCAAGAAAACGAGGUGUAUGGAAUGGGAAACCAGUCGUACUUCUCAAUCAUGGUUUCCUUAUGUCAUCUGAAAUAUGGCUAUGUAACCUCAAAGAGUCAGAAAACCUCCCAUUUCUUUUAGCGGAACGUGGGUGUGAUGUUUGGUUCGCCAACGCUCGUGGCAACAAAUACAGUCAACAGCACAUGUAUAAGCGUCCUCAAAGUCAACCUUACUGGGAAUUCUCGUUAAACGAAAUGGCUCUGUAUGACUUGCCUGAUGUUGUAGACUAUAUUUUGGAAACUACAGGCGCACCCAGUUUGACAUAUAUAGGAUUUAGUCAGGGAACAGCGCAGGCUUUUGCAGCACUCUCGAUCAACCCUCGUUUGAAUGAUAGAAUUAAUCUGUUUAUCGCAUUAGCCCCUGCAACAACACCAAGUGGCUUGCAUCAUCCUGUGAUUGAUGCUUUUGUCAAGGCAACACCUAAUGUUAUUUAUUUACUUUUUGGUCGCAAAUCACCGCUUCAGAUUGCAAACUUUUGGCGCCGAAUACUUAGCCCUCCAAUAUUCGUCAAGCUCAUUGAUAUGUCCUGUAACUUCCUGUUCGGUUGGACAGGUCGCAAUAUGUCAGACGCUCAGAAAUUGGUCAGUUAUCAGCAUUUAUACAGCCCAACUAGCGUCAAGUGUCUUGUGCAUUGGUUUCAAAUUAUACGAACCGGUAGAUUCCAAAUGUACGAUGAAAUACCAAACCUUCUUCCUUAUCGCAGUGAACAAGGUGCAAUGGAUCACAUUCCUCAGCGGUUUCCUACCAAGCAGAUUAAAACGCCUAUCGCUAUCUUUUAUGGUGGAUCGGAUUCACUCGUCAACUUUGAGGUGCUUUCAGCUGACCUACCCGAGCUGGCGUAUGUGAAAUACAUUGCCGAAUGGGAGCACCUAGACUUUUUGUGGGCUGAAGGAAUUGAGCUUCAUGUUUGGCCGGACGUCAUUAGGCUUGUAGAUAGCUUCAGCCCAACCAAAGCGGACAAAUCCGAGGCGCUUGAAAAGCGGGCCCACACCAAUGGUUAUGCUGUGAAUGGUCAAGCCGCCUAAACGGAAAGAAGAUAUUAGAAAAUGAAUUUUAUAAUAUGUAUAAUUGAUAGUAUCCACAUAGUUCAGAUUUUGGAAGAAAGUAGAUUGAUUUAAAUGCCAUUUGUCAAAGAAGGUGAUUCAUAGAGACCAUUAAAUUGAUAUUUUUUCUUAUAAAUUUUUUUUGGUGACAUUGACUGAAGGUACUCUGAUGUUGCAUGCAAUAAGU